AUGGCCGGCUCAACGGCAGCCCGGCGGGAGGGCGCUCGGUUGUGGGGAGAUGGUGGUCGGUGGUGGCGUGCAGGGAGAUCGGUGGUGGCCGGCCGAGUGCAGGGGAUUGGCGUGGAGAUUUGUGGCGGCGGCAGCGAUUUCGCAGACGGAGGAUUUGGGAGAAGAAGCGCGCGGUUAUGGUAUAGUGUCAGCAGAUGGUAUAGCCUCUUUAGCUCCAUGCACCAGCUGCCAACCGUACAGACAGGAGCUGAAGCCUUGAGUAGGCGAUGGGAUGUGCAGAGGGAGGAGAAGAAGGUGGAGAAGGCCAUCAGGGAGGCCGCCAAGCGCAACGACAUGGGAUCCGCCAAGGCGCUGGCCAAGGAGGUGGUGCGGUCGAGGAAGGCGGUCAACCGCCUCUACGAGAACAAGGCACAGCUCAACUCCAUCUCCUUGCACCUUGGCGAAAUCGUUGCUACUGCUAGGACAGUAGGCCACUUGUCCAAGAGCACCGAAGUGAUGAAACUUGUCAACAACCUCAUGAAAGCCCCAGAGGUUGCAGCCACAAUGCAGGAAUUCAGCAAAGAGAUGACAAAGGCUGGUGUAAUGGAAGAAAUGGUUAACGAUGCUUUAGAUUCGACGCUGGACAAUGAGGACAUCGAGGAGGAAAUUGAAGAGGAGGUUGACAAGGUCCUCACCGCAAUCGCUGGGGAGACUGCCUCUGAGCUCCCGGAUGCUGUCAGGAAGGAAAAGGAGAAGAUGAAGCAGCCUUCAACAAGUGUACCUGCGGAGAGAACUGCUAUAGUCGAGGCUGUUGAUGAUGAUGAGCUAGACAAGAUAAGGGAAAGGCUUGCCAAAGUGAGGUCAUAG